AGGAAUAGGAAUGGGGGAGAGCAGGGCCCAACAGCCAUCACACGUUAACAUGCCAACGACUUUCCAAUCACACACUAAUGCACUUUCCUUGUUCCAACAUCAACAUCCCCUUUUAAUUUUCAACUCCCCAAGAAAUCUUGAAAUUUUCUGAGGAGGAAAAAUGGGUUCGACCAGCAGUCAUCUGGGUUCCUCGGAAUCAUCAUCAUCAUCGUCGUCGUCAAGAAAGUUGUCUGGGCCUGGUGGGUCAACCCUCAGCCGCGCCAAGCGCAAGCUUUCCUCUCUAUUUUGUGGUGUUUUUAGUACAAAGUCAACCUUUGAGAAGCUGGAAGAUUAUCACGAGUAUUCAUCUAUUAGCUGUGCAGAAGACUUAGCUCCAGUUGAUAGUUCUCAAAGCUCCAUAGUAGAAUCUUCUUCAGUGUUCACCUCCGAAACCGGGGAUACAGGAUUCGUACACGACAAUGGGAACUCAUCUGAACGAAAUAGCAGCACUAAUGCGGAAGCUUUUCUUGAAUCUGGUUCGUUAAAUGUUCAAACAACCAGAGAUCUUGGACCACUUCCACACCAGCCCACUCAAGAAUCAGAUUCUGGAAAUGCAAUCGAUUGCAUUGCUGCAGUUGUUGGUGCUCAUGAUGCAACGGCAGAAGGAACAACUUUCAGUUGUUCGGAUCAUGAUCAGUCAGCCGGUCCAGCAAGGGUGCCUGCCAUUUCAAGCUCUCGGUCAAAUGAUCUCGAACAUAGCCAAGAUGCAAUUAUGGGCUAUAAUGAUUCUGAUUUAAGGUCUCUUUCUAUUGCUUCUGAUUCUUUACCGAGAUUCCGAUUUCCUGGGGAUGACGAUGCUCACGUGACAACCACUUCUAGUUCAGGAUUUCUUGUUUCUGAUAGUGACCAGGAUUUGAGAAGCGAAGAUCUGCUUCAUCUUGAUAUGGUGAGUAUCUCUUCCAAUUUCUUGUCAAGUAGCAUUGCUGAAAUAAAUAGCCGGGAAUCAAGAAGAAACAGUAGGAGACUCUUUUGGAAUGCUUUAUCGAGACGCAGCUUUACAAGGCAUAGUGAUUCUCCAACAAUUGUUUUUGCCACUGGUCUUGCUGAUGACCUGGGGUCCCAUGACAGAUGGCCUCUCGAUUUCAGUGGCGAUCUCCAUUACAAUGGAGCUGGUCAUGAUCACAUAAAUGAAAGGAGAUGGUUAUUGAGAUCAGAGGUCUCAGAGAGACUUCUAGGUGGCCUUAACGAGGGAGACAGACAAACUACAUUUUGUGCAUCUGGACUCCAUCUGGAUGGUACAUGUUCAUGUGACUCCUUCUUUACAGCAGAAGAAUCAAGAAGUCUUGCAAGCAUUUCACGAAUAAUCAUGCUUGCUGAGGCAUUAUUCGAGGUUUUGGAUGAAAUUCACCAUCAGUCUUUGUCGCUUUCGCUGUCCACUCUUUCGCUCCCUGCUCCUGAAUCUGUUGUGGAUGCAUUUCCUCUCAAGUACCACAGAAAAAUAAAAAAUGCUGACAGUGAUCCCAAUGACGUUCAACAGUGCUACAUUUGUUUAUCCGACUAUGAAGAGGGCGACAAAUUAAGAGUUCUACCGUGCAAUCACGAAUACCACGUGCCAUGCAUUGAUAAGUGGCUCAAAGAAGUAAAUAGGGUAUGUCCACUUUGCCGACACAACGUUUGUGAAGGCCCUAGAGAAUGUUCCGUCACAAACACACAAUUGUCAUCACAAUAACUGUAUAUAUCUAGAUAUAUAGCAAGGUACAUGCUGUGUUUGUACCUUCAAGAAGAUGUAAGCAUUGCUUAUCUCUCUACGUUCCGUUGUUGCAAAGAAUAAUUACAUUAAUACCCCUGAAGUUUCGGUAUACUACAAAAGAUCCAUCGAUUUCAGAAAACUGCACUGACACCCUCUGCAGUCACAGAUUAAGAGUUUCCGUGGGCGACCAGAUGGUCAGAAGGGAACGUAAAACAUGACUGCAAGGAGUGCAGUGUAAUCUUCCGAAAUCAAGGAAGCAUUUUUUGCAAUAUAUUCAAAUUUCAGGGGUUUUACUGCAAUUAUUCCUGAUACUCCACAAGAUUGCGAGGUUAGCAGCAGUCCCAUAUGAACUUGUACUAUGGAUUGGCUGUGUGUAUAUGAACAUCAAUGCUUCUUGCAACCUUAAUAAAAGUGAGUAUUAUUAGGAGA